AUGCCUUCCGUCAAGAGCCUCCUCUCGGCCUUUGCCCUUGCGUAUCUGGCCAACGCAGCCACCAUCAAGAUCACGGCCACGUCCGACAACACCUUUGACCCUUCAACCAUCAAGGCAGCCGAUGGCGACGUCUUGGAGUUCAUCUUCGAGCCCAAGAACCACUCCGUGGUCGCUGGCGACUACCGCUACCCCUGCUCUCCCAUGGAGCUCGGCACCGGCUUCUUCUCUGGCUUCUUUGCGACAUCCAGCGGCGAAAAUGACAAAGUCUUUCGCGUAGAGAUCAACGGAACCGACACCAUUCCUUUCUACUCUUCGCAGGGCAACGAGUGCGCCGCUGGCAUGGUCGGCAUCAUCAACCCCAAGGGCAACCAGACUCUCGCCGACUACAAGAAGCGCGCUUCCGCCCUGGCACGGAGCGUCUCCCCCGGCCGAACGUCCUUUGGCGGAGAGAUUGCAGACAACGACAGCAGCUCCAACUCCACCGACGGCGAUGGUGGCAGCGGUGGCAGCUCCAACAACGGAAAGGGUGGCAGCAGCGGAAGUGGCAGUGGCAGCUCGGGCGACACUUCUUCUGACAAGGACGGCAAGGAUAACGGCAGUGUGUCCUUGUCCAUCUCCAUUGGCGCCCUCGCACUCGCCUUCAUGAUGGCGAUUUAA